GGAUGGAUUAUCGAGUAGGGUGGCUCUUACGUUCAGCAGAGAGGCAAGUGCAACAAGUGCAAACUUCAUGAGGAAGGGAAAGAGAGGAAAGAUGAUGAAGAGGUUAUUCUGAUACGCAUAGCAUAGCAAAGACCGUUUCACUCGUCGGAGGUACCUCUCCAUGUCAAGCAAUGAUCCCUGUUCCAUCACUCAAGACAUUGGCCAUAGGGGUCAUUGCACGUCAUUCCCAUUGGUUUGAAACCUUUGGUGCUGCCAUCCCGCAGGACUUGGCUGAACAAGUGGUACAAACCACCUUCGAUCAAGAUACCAUUACGGCAGAAAUGAUGGAUAAUUUUGCAGAAACAUAUCCAACUUCUAAUCUGUCCCUGCGCCAUGCAUGCUACAUGAAAUCAAUUCGUUACCAGGACACCAAUCUAUUGGACCGACAGCUUCGUACGCUUUCCAUUGUGCCUACGUUUUUAACGAAAUUGGAUUUGAAGGGAUGUCACGAACUGACUGAUGAUGAUCUUUGUCGACUCAACCCAUUGACUAGUCUAGUGGCCCUUGACUUGUCCGACACAGUAAUUACCGAUUACGGCGUGUCGCACUUGGCACGCCCAUUUUCAAUGAAAACGAAUCAGGGACUUUGGCAUUUGGAGGCUCUGCUGGUCAGUAACGCGAAAUACAUAUCUGAUGCCUCGAUAAAGUAUUUAGUGAAAUUUCCUGCCCUUAACGUCAUGGACAUAAGCGGAACCAGCAUCACUGAAAACGUCGCUGCCAUUGUCCUGACUCGACUGGGGUUUGAUAAAGUAGACAAAUGGGAUGAUGCUACUAAGGAUCUGAUCACCAUUCGCCCUCAUAAGAACUUGGGACCGUUCCUUGUCCAGACCUCCGAUAUUGGUGAUCAUAGGAAACUCUACUGGGCAGUCCACAUCGGUACUCAUGUUUCGAGAGACACAGUAACUUAUCCAAGUAUGAGACCUAGGAACAUUGUUACACCCUCAUUGAAAUACGUCCGUUCCUCUCGCCCUGAGGUGCAGAUCCCUAGAAAACGACUGUCCAAUGAUCCAACGUCGGGUCCUCUAAAACUACGUCGGUCGGCUCCAAAACAAUCUUUAGACGUGUUGAAGGAUUUAGUAUAGCCUUCCAUCCUGGGACAUCUAGCGUCCUGGCUAUUUUUCGGUCAUCCCGUGUAAAUAGGAAUUUUUUUUUCUUUACUCUAUAGACAAAUUUAAAUAUAUGGAACAUGUUGCUGCACGC